UAAGGAGUUCAAGGCAGCGCCCACACCCGGGGGCUCUCAGCACCCCGGCCACCGGCCUGCUCCUCCCUUCCUCGGCGCCCUCCCUCCCACUCACCACACACCCACCGGCCCGGGGCGCAGCCCAGGCCCCGCUCCCGCCGCCUCGCCCGCCGCGAUCCUGGACUUCCUCCUCCCUCCAGAACCGGCUUCCACGUGCGCCCCGGAGCCGGCGUCGCCGCGCGCGCUCCGCCCGGGGCCCGGGGGCCUCGAGCAGCCCGGGGACCGGGCUCCGGGGAGCAUCUGGGCCCGCUUCGGCGGGGCCGAGCCGACCGUCUCGCGGCUGCAGGGCCGGAGGAGCCGCGGGUCGUCUGGAACCGAGCCGCCGCCCAUGGGCUCCGACGUGCGGGACCUGAACGCGCUGCUGCCGGCUGUGCCCUCCCUGGGCGGCGGGGGCGGCUGCGCCCUCCCGGUGAGCGGCGCCGCGCAGUGGGCGCCCGUGCUGGACUUCGCGCCCCCGGGCGCCUCGGCCUACGGUUCGCUGGGCGGCCCCGCGCCGCCGCCCGCCGCCCCACCGCCCCCGCCGCCGCCGCCGCCACCGCCACCGCACUCGUUCAUCAAACAGGAGCCGAGCUGGGGCGGCGCCGAGGCGCACGAGGAGCAGUGCCUGAGCGCCUUCACUGUGCACUUCUCAGGCCAGUUCACCGGCACCGCUGGGGCCUGCCGCUACGGGCCCUUCGCUCCUCCACCGCCCAGCCAGGCGGCGUCGGGCCAGGCCAGGAUGUUCCCCAAUGCGCCCUACCUGCCCAGCUGCCUGGAGAGCCAGCCCGCCAUCCGCAACCAGGGAUACAGCACGGUCACCUUCGAUGGGACGCCCAGCUAUGGUCACACGCCCUCGCACCACGCGGCUCAGUUCUCCAACCACUCCUUCAAGCAUGAGGACCCCAUGGGCCAGCAGAGCUCGCUAGGCGAGCAGCAGUACUCAGUGCCGCCCCCGGUUUAUGGCUGUCACACCCCCACCGACAGCUGCACCGGCAGCCAGGCCCUGCUGCUGAGGACGCCUUACAGCAGUGACAAUUUAUACCAAAUGACCUCCCAGCUUGAAUGCAUGACCUGGAACCAGAUGAACUUAGGAGCCACGUUAAAGGGAGUUGCUGCUGGGAACGCCAGCUCAGUGAAAUGGACAGAAGGGCAGAGCAACCAUGGCACGGGGUACGAGAGUGAUAACCACACCACUCCCAUCCUUUGUGGUGCCCAGUACAGAAUACAUACCCACGGCGUCUUCAGGGGCAUCCAGGAUGUGCGACGUGUACCUGGAGUAGCUCCCACUCUUGUCCGGUCAGCAUCUGAGACCAGUGAGAAGCGUCCCUUCAUGUGUGCUUAUCCAGGCUGCAACAAGAGAUACUUUAAGCUGUCCCACUUACAGAUGCACAGCCGGAAGCAUACCGGUGAAAAACCAUACCAGUGUGACUUCAAGGACUGUGAACGAAGGUUUUCUCGUUCAGACCAGCUCAAAAGACACCAAAGAAGACACACAGGUGUGAAACCAUUCCAGUGUAAAACUUGUCAGCGAAAGUUCUCCCGCUCCGACCACCUGAAGACCCACACCAGGACUCAUACAGGUGAAAAACCCUUCAGCUGCCGGUGGCCCAGUUGUCAGAAAAAGUUUGCCCGAUCAGAUGAACUAGUCCGCCAUCACAACAUGCACCAGAGAAACAUGACCAAACUGCAGCUGGCGCUUUAA